AUGCAACGGCCGCCGCGGGCGCGGGGAGCGCUGGGAGAGGAGCAGGAGAGGGCGGGGCGCGGCGGGGCGGAGCGGGGCUGCGCUAUUGACUGUCAAUCAGCACUGCAGUUUUUUUUUUUUAAUUCUCCUGUCUCUGCGGCUGACGCGGGGAAAAGAUCAAGUCGGUGUAGUCUUUCUUGGAAAUCAUAUUUUACACAACCUUUGAAAGCUGCUCAACUUUUUCAAUCAGUUUGUUUUGUUGCUGUUAAAACUCUUUGCUUAAUCAAACAGUUACAGACUGAAACUCAAAUUAAUAUAGUGCUGAAAUUAACACAUUUGCCUCUUCUGCCAAGUUAUGCGCUUGACCUUUGUGAGUUUCCAUUUGAUUACCUCUCUCAGAGGUUUUAUAUGGUACAAGGAAUAAUAAUUGCAAUGACAACAGUAACUAAAUAUACACAAGGAGCAAGAUUCCUUUGUUCAGAUGAAACAUGUCCUCUUUCUGAAGGAUUUCAGUAUAUAAGAGUGCAUGUGCCUGGUGCCACAGAAUCUACAACAGUGAGAAAUGAUUUCUCAUGUAAGCUGUGUAACUCCCCACUUCAAGAAGACAGGAAGUUUAGAGUACUUGGUGAUAAACAGAUAGCUGAAAUAAUUACAGCAAAGUCACUUAUUGCUUUUCAAGGAUGUCCCAAUAAUCAACCAGUGAGAUUUCAGUCUCUUACAGUUUUCCUAAGAGAUGAAUUAAGCAAUAAAAUCAAAAUAGGAAAUGAAUAUAUAAUUGUUGGAAUUCCAACUUGUGUUAAAAACUCUUCACAAAACGUUGUUUGUAUAGAGGCCAACAGCAUAAAUUUGUGCAGUCCGAAAGCUCCUUCUGGUAUUAGUGACAACUUCAGGUAUCUCCUGUCCUUGACUUCAAGCUCAUGCUGGAAAUUUACAGCUAUACUAGCCAACAUUUUUGCAUCACAGAUCAUUCCUCCAGGGACUUACAACAUGUUAAAACUUUGUUUGCUGAUGAGUCUAGUACAGACAAAUGAUAGAAACAAGGAAGUUGAAGAUUACGUGGACAUUUUAAUUGUAACAAGUGAUACAUUACUUGUAGACAGGCUUUUGAACUUCUGUGUAUGUCUUGUGCCUCGAGGUAUACGUCAUCCAACAUCUAGUGAAAUUUUUCCCACUCUGUCCAGAGAUAAAUAUGGAACUGGAGUUGCUAGCAUUCAAGCUUGCAGUGCCUUGCUAGCCAAAGAUGGCAUCUGCUACAUAGGAGACUUGUCAUCACACAAAAAAGAUAAACUCGAAUUGCUUCAAUCUGUUUUAGAAAGCAGAAGCAUUACAGUGUAUAUUCCUGGAAAGAAGUAUGGAGAUGGUGAUGAUCAGCAAGUUACCUUUUCAGUUCAGUCCAGCUUUUGGUCUUUUAUUGAUGUGGACUCAUCCUCAAAGAGACACGUACAUAGAAACAGCCCUUUAAUUGGUCAAGUGGAUUUCAGUUUGAUUCCAGUUAACCUCAUGGAUGCAUUUGGACUGUUGAUUUAUUGUAAUGAAUCAUCUCCUUGCCACCCAAUUCUUCCUUCUGUUCAACACAGUUUAAAAAAAGCCAUUGAUCCUGAAAAGGUGCUUUAUGAAGCUUCUAAAAAGUUUACAGAACAAGAUUAUGAAAAGCUAAUUGCUUUUGCAAAGAAUCUGCAUGUAGAGAUCAGUUUGGAGGCAGAAAAAAUGAUUCAUGGCUAUUACCUAGCAAGUCGCAGAAUCAGGACAGAUUCUAUACAUGGAUCGAAGCUAUCAGCAUCAGCACUAAAAUGUUUAGUUUCUUUAUCUGAAGCACACGCUAGGCUGAGUUUAAGGAAUAAGGUGCUUAAAGAAGAUGUGUUAAUUGCAGUUUUAUUAUUUGAAACAUCUCUGACACUGAAAUAUGGGGCUGCUGUAUUUUGUAUAGCUCCAAAUGCAGUGUUUCCAUUUGAACUCUGUGGCGAAGAACAUUUAGAGCAAAGAGAUGUUUAUCUAAUUCAGUGCCAACAACAGCUUCAAGAGUUUAUUGCAGCAUAUGGACCAGGAUCAGUUAUUGCUACAAGUGAAGAAUAGUCUUGUUUGGUGCAAGUAUUUUUGGCUUGUGGACUCUCACUGGGGGAAAAUAAACUACAGGGGUACUGUUUAUAGUUAUAAUGAAAAAUGUAUCAUAAAAAAGAUUUAACACAUGUCCAACUUUGGGAACGAAGUAAAAAUUGCAUUUCAAACCUCUAAAAAUGCAGAGUUGACCAAAUCCUAGUUCUAAUGAAGGAGACCAAAAGAUGGCAUGGUAUGACAAGAAAAUUACAAUCGGCAAGACUAGGAAUAAACUGUUGCCACACAUAACCUUGCAAGAGAAACAUUUCUGGAUGGUACAUCACAGCAGAGAAUGAAAGGGAUGAAAAUACAAAGUUAGUAGUGUUUAAUUCUGUGAAAUGUUGUAAGGUUUUAAAAGCCACAAGAUGGCAACAUUUAAAUAGUGAAAUAAUUGUACUUCAUAUUACAUGAAUUUCAAAUUUACUUUCAAAACUGAUGACAGGGCACAAAUUCAUGAAGCUUAAACUUUACAGAAUUUUCAGGCAUUACUGUUAGCUGCAGCACCAAACAAAUGGAUUAAUUUCUUAGUUCUAGUUAGAGUCAUUUAAAGUCUCCAAAACUAUUCAAUCUGUAGAGGAACCAGUUAAGAUAAAAAUGUCAUUUUAAAACAUACAUAUAACAAAGCUUAAUUUUCACAUUUACUAAAAGGACCUUCAAAUAACUAAUUGACUCUUACAAUCUGAUUAUGGCUCCAUUUAGAAAAAUUAAGCCAAAUUAUGGUAUCCUUGUUUUUCCCCUUAUUUUCUGUGACCCUUGACCUGAUAUUUCAUUGCAGAGAAUUCUUCCUGCAGAGAUCUUCAUGGCUUCAAAGACUAGUUUUCUAUGCAGUUAUUAAUAUUCCUACAUUCUCUGAUUAAAAACAAAACAAAACUGGGCUGCAUACUGAACAUGCCAUACCAUUCUUGUUCAGGAAUAUAUAAAACUAUUCAGACUUUUAA